CUAGUCGUUUCCUGCGUGUGAACGACCUCAAGUCCUCAAGCGAGAGAAGCGCUCCUGCUAACGAGCUGUCCUCUGUUUCGAAAUUUGUGUGAAUUUUAUCGGUGUAACCAUGGUUUUUGAGAGGAAGAUGAUCACGUACGACGACCCAGACGACGAGGAGGAAGACGCACCUGCCGAGGAAGAAGAGGCGGAAGAGGAGGAAGAGGAGGAAGAAGAAGAAGAGGAAGAAAUGGUGGACCCUCUAGAAACAAUACGAGCCAAGUGCGAGCAGACCGAACACUGUGUGCACUACAGGGAGAUACUGGAGACCUGCGAAGCCCGAGUUGGCUCGAGAUCCAGCACCAGUGAGGAGUGCACAGAAGAACUGUUUGACUUCCUGCAUGCACGGGACCAUUGUGUAGCACACAAGCUGUUCCACAAAGUGAAAUGAAACUUCCUGCCCAGCCUCCACCACUUUCAGCUGUAGAAUCUAUUUAACUAAAAACAAACUGCUAAAAUUGUAAAAUAGUUCAUCAAGGCAGUUUUGUUGUUUUUCUCCUGUGUUAUAAUGUAAAUGUCUUUUUUGAGUACCUGGACUAAAUACAUGCCCCAGUGUGUAAAAUGUGAGUGAGUGCUUGUAUUAAUAAUUAGUGCAACAAAGUUGUUAAAAGUUGUGCAAAGACAGGGCUUAAACCAUCAAUCUCACUGUGGCCAGUUAUUAUGCAAUAGCAAGUAUUCUGCUCUGGAAAUACAUUUACCUCAGGUUUGGUCAGAGAUGCAUCAAUCAGACCGGAAAAUAAAGGCUUUCUUUGGUUUCCAAAA